AUGGGCUGCUGUGCCUCAAUCCAAUCGCGUGAUAACCACGACACCUCACAAGACUCUCCCUCUUCAAUACAAGAGCACAUCGCGCAACCCGACCAACAUGACUCUAACCCGCCACCCCGUCGCACGACCAACCUCCCAUUAGACCAGCACUACAAUACCCCCGUCCGCCCACACAUAUGGAGUAGCAAGCAUCGCAUCUGGACGCGCGUCGAUCUUGACCGUGAACGGACCGAGUUCUUCGAUACUCGCGUCACAGGACGCCCGGAGAUCUGGGCCGCACUCUCAACAGCCAUCUCCCUCAUUCAAGAAGGCGAAACCGCAACAGCGCAAAGCAUCAUCGAUGCAGCGGGCGUAACUGUUCCAACGGGCGAUCUAUGUGAGGGAUGCUACGAUGAACAAGGUGUACUGUAUCGGCUUCCGCAGUGCAUUGUGAGUGAUCCGAGCAAUAUGGUUGAGGAGUCACGGGCGCGGUCGAAGCAAGCCGUUGAUUCGGGACAAGAACAAGAAGACGGACUUUCGGAUGGAAAGCUGGCUGUGGAUGAUGCGUCGGGGGAUGAACUCAUACAGUCUGCUGCGGAUGUGGAGCGGCGGAGAGACGAGAAGGGGAAGACUCGUGAGCGGGAUUUAAUCCGCGUGGUAGCUAGGUUGAGUGAUGGUGGUCGGGACCUGGUGCUGUUGGUUGGUAAGAGUCAGAGCGUGGGUUUUCUGGCGAGAAAGGUGCAGGAGAAGGCUGAUGUUCCGAUGCACCACCAGGUUCGCAUUGCCUAUUUAGGUCAUAUGUUGAAGGAGAACAAGUCCUUGGUUGACCAGGGCUGGCAGACUGGUCAUGUUAUCAAUGCCCUCGUUGCUUUUCAGGCCUCAAGAUCAUGA